UUACUCUUUCCCCUGUUUUCACCCUGGGUGGUCAGAACUGUUAACUGCUAGUCACGCAACGUCAUUUAACUUGCUGCCGGCGCCGUCUUCAUUCCUGUGUGUGUGUGCGCGUGUGUGUGUAUGUGUGUGCGUGUGCAGUGCGAUUUUUACUGCCUCUGCUAGGCUGCACUCUAACAAAUAAUUUAAACUUGAUUGCCAAAACGCAACGUGCUGGUAAUGGACGAUGAGAGCUCUCGAGCCUGCGGGUGAAGCCGGAGAACAUGCGCAGCUUCCAAAACGUGCUUGUGUUCCAGGAUUGUCCUGUGCACAGCUGAUGAAAGGUGGACAGCAGGCUGCUUUGAAUGCCACUAUUCUUUAAGAGCGUCGGUCUUACAGCACAAGAAGACCUCGUGCAAAUCUGAUCCGGACACUCCUGCGUUUGAUGAAAUGGUCAAAUUGGCCGAAGGGAAUCAGUUCUGACCAGCAUAUUGAUUCAGUUCUGUAACUACGUCCACAACCUCAGUGCUAACUACACGGCAGCGAAUAAAACGCGCGUAAAACGUGGACAUAUUUAUUUACAUGUGCAUUUUUUUCUUUUUAUUUACGAAAGGUGUAAAAUAGUUUCCAAGAGAUAAGUGUGGUUUGAUGUUUUUAAACCGCGCGCGUGCGUUGCGGUUGUCGGAAUCGCUGUGCUGUCUAGUCCGAAGUUGCGUCCCUUUAAUCUUCGCAGAAAGUCGUUUCUUUUAUCAAAGUUAGGAAUGUGGACGGUUGGAGACAGAGGACGUUACGGGAUUUUGUCGCUUUCCCUGACGGUCGCCAUGGUCUGCUGUGCUCAGAGCGCAAAUGAGCCGAGCAACAUGUCAUAUGUGAAAGUCACCGUGGACAAAUUGCUCAAAGGAUAUGACAUUCGGUUAAGGCCUGAUUUCGGAGGUGCCCCUGUAGAUGUCGGAAUGAGCAUAGACAUCGCAAGCAUCGACAUGGUCUCAGAAGUUAAUAUGGACUACACCAUCACCAUGUACUUCUUGCAGUCGUGGAGGGACAGGCGGCUGUCCUACACGGGGAUCCCCCUCAACCUCACGCUGGACAACAGGGUUGCCGACCAGCUCUGGGUCCCCGACACCUACUUCAUCAACGACAAGAAGUCUUUCGUGCACGGCGUCACCGUCAAGAACCGCAUGAUCCGCCUGCACCCCGACGGUACCGUGCUCUACGGCCUCAGGAUCACCACUACUGCAGCCUGUAUGAUGGAUCUGCGCCGGUACCCUCUGGAUGAGCAGAACUGCACGCUGGAGAUUGAGAGCUAUGGCUACACUACCGACGACAUCGAGUUCUACUGGCAGGGCGGGAGUUCGGUCACCGGCGUGGACAACAUCGAGCUUCCUCAGUUCUCCAUCAUGAACUACAGGACUCUGUCCAAGAACGUGGUGUUUGCCACAGGCUCGUACCCGAGGCUGUCCCUCAGCUUCAAGCUGAAGAGGAACAUCGGCUACUUCAUCCUGCAGACCUACAUGCCCUCUAUCCUGAUCACCAUCCUAUCCUGGGUCUCCUUCUGGAUCAACUAUGAUGCGUCAGCCGCCCGGGUGGCCCUAGGCAUAACGACGGUCCUGACCAUGACCACCAUAAACACACACCUGCGCGAGACCCUGCCCAAGAUCCCCUACGUGAAGGCCAUCGACAUCUACCUGAUGGGCUGCUUCGUCUUCGUCUUCCUGGCGCUGCUGGAGUACGCCUUCGUCAACUACAUCUUCUUCGGGCGGGGCCCCCACCUGCAGAAGAAGGUGGCGGAGAAGGCCGCCAAAGCCAACAACGAGAAGAACCGGCUGGAGGCCAACAAGGUGCAGGUGGACGCUCACGGCAACAUCCUCCUGACCAAACUGGAGAUCCAGAACGAGGUGAGCGGCUCGGACAUGCUGGCGGGCCUGGGCGACCCGCGGGCCACCAUGUUCUCCUACGACAGCGCCAGCAUCCAGUACCGGAAGCCCCUGGCCAGCCGGGACCUGUACGGCAGGCCCGCGGCCGACCGGCCCGCCGCGCACAAGAAGGGCCGCCUGCGGAGGAGGGCGUCCCAGCUCAAGGUCAAGAUCCCCGACCUCACGGACGUCAACGCCAUCGACAAGUGGUCCCGGGUCAUCUUCCCCAUAACCUUCACCUUCUUCAACCUGGUCUACUGGCUGUAUUACGUUCACUAGUGCGGCCACUGCUCCGGCCAAUCGCCCUGCUCCAUUUCCCCUUUAUUUAUUUGGGUUUUAUUUACACUCGAUACCUAAUGGACUGCCAUGUGAUAAACAAUAACUACAAUAUGAAUAUAUAGUGGUGAGGCAAGUAUCAUAUUCAGCCAGUGUUAAUUCAUUCAACUUGUCAUAAAUUUACUUCGAAAACGGGGUAUGCAAAAAUGUUUCUUUUCACUGUAAAUAUGUAUUUAGAUAAUGGGAAAUAAUGGGAAAAAAAUUUAACCAAUAACUAAAGACUAAUAAUUUACCUUUCCUGUCACUGUGUCCCAUCACAUCAGUAGCAUAGCAUAAAUGAACGUGGAUUUUAUAACGGAGAAACCGCAGAAUAUCCUUUUGAGGUAAUUGGUGAUAAAGACUGCCGAUACCGAUCGAAAAUAUUGCCAAAAUGGACGAUGUGACUACAUUAAGCUGCGAUGAGGACUAGGGGAAUUCCAUUCUCAUUAUAGUAGCUGUUUCUUGUUCUGCGUGUGAUUAAAACACCAUUAUAUAUGUUUUCAAAACAAUAAUAGAAUGCUGAAUCCAGUGUGGUAUCGUGUUACCGAUGUCCUAUGAAAAAAAAAAAAAAGGAAAUUGUCUAAGCCAGUGCUGAAAUUCCAUCUCAUCAUCCAGAGGUGGCACCUGGUGUCUUUUCUGUUUGUUUAUUUUUUGUGUGACACAUGAUUAGCUGCGGCUUCCAAAUAAUUUGUACAGCCAUCACUCGAUUGCAAAUGCAAAUUACUUUUCCUGUUUUUUUGCCGUCUGCUCAUUUCCUCCAUCCUAAAGAUUGUGAGAUCAGUAGUUUGAUGCCUAGCUCGUUUAUCUAAAAACCAUUCCGUGUUUUUGGAGAGAGAGAAAAUAUAUAUAGCAUUUAAAUAUAUGACUGAUAUCAAUUGGAAUUUACUAAUCGCAAAAGUUUAGAUAAAUUUGUAUGUAUUCUCACAGUGUCUGUGAGUAUGUAAAUUUUAAUUUUCUUUAAAAGAAAUCAGGUAUAGAAUGACUUAUGAUGUCACCAUGCCAUGCUUUCAGAAAUCAUAUAGAGAAUACAUAGACCCUUUUAAUAUUAUAUAUAUCAUAUUGUUCCUGUUUCAAAUGAAUCCAGCCUACGGAGUUCUCAGAGGGACCCCUAGAUUUGUAGAUCUGUCAAUUAAAAUUCUUUGAUUUGACUGUUCCUCAGAGAAACAUAACAAUUAGGCUUGUAAAUAAGGAAGUUUGAUAUCCUCUGUUUGAAAUCCCCGUUGCCAUAUGAGACUGCACUUUAAUACGAUCACAUUUAUUUGUACCAUCUUAAUUAUAAUUGCUUCGCGAGAUACCUCAAGGCAUUCAGUCUGACAAGACGAUUCAUUAAUGUGCAAAUAUGAAUCUUGCUUUGUGUCUGACACUAUUUUCAAAGGGGUGCGUCUAGUCCCAGAACAUCUUUACUGAGUCAACUUAUAAGAUUGACUUUAAGCACAAACAACACUCUUGAGUGUAGGACUGAAUAAGAACUGAAGUGAAUUUUGAAACUGAACAGAUAAGAGAUGAAGAGACUGAUCAGAUCCCUCUGUGAAUACCACCGGUGGGACAGGGGAGAAGCAGGGGCCUGCUCCCAAAUCUGUUUCCAGACCCAUGGAAUCCCUGAAGGUGUCCUACUGGGGUAUUCAGCAAAAAAAAAGUUCCAUUUUAACAACAUUUUGUUUAUGUUCUCAUAAUUCCUAAGUCACAUGCAGUAUUUCAAACUUUCAGGGUCUAGCCUUCCUGUGGCAACAUUAGCGCUUUUGUGCAUCGUUAAUUUGAUAACGGCCCAUUUUCGCAUCAAACUGAUUAUUUGGGUUCGGAGGGGGGACGCAGGAACAUCUUUUGUUCAGAAGCCUCAAUUAUUCUCAACCCUAAAACUGGCAGUGCAGUUUCACUGGCAAGGCAACUGUAUCUGGAGUAGUGGCCCAUCAGACACUAUAUGUGUUACCAUGGUUUCACAGGGGGAAAAAAAACAGAACAACUGAAAAACAAGGCAAACCCAGCGAUGCUUACAUGGGACGCAGCAAAUAUCAACUCACUCUCCUUCCUCACGGCUGAAUAUUGUGCCUUCAGAAAAGAAUCAACAGUAUUUUCACAGGGUUAAAACUUAUUACCAGUGUUUAGAGUU